UCCAGUGGUGGUGCCGGGUUGCAUCGCCGGUCGUGGAGGUUUCGGUGCCCGAAGCCGGGAGCGCGGAGUCGUUCCCGGGAGCACCAGCCAGGCUAUGAUCGCGGGUCCCCGGCGGCCCGCUCCGGCCAACCAGAGUCCCUGUCUCAGCUUGUGCCCGUGCCCGAGCGGUCUCCUCAGCUCGGCCCCGCGGCGCAGUUGGCGGCGGCGUCCGCAGUGCGCCCCCUCCUCCGAUGGCGGCAGAGAUCCAGCCCAAGCCGCUGACCCGCAAGCCGAUCCUGCUGCAGCGGGUCGAGGGGUCUCAGGAGGUGGUGAAUAUGGCCGUAAUCGUGCCCAAGGAGGAGGGCGUCAUCAGUGUCUCGGAGGACAGGACUGUUCGUGUGUGGUUAAAGAGAGACAGUGGACAGUAUUGGCCAAGCAUAUACCAUGUGAUGCCUUCUCCAUGUUCAUGCAUGUCUUUUAACCCGGAAACAAGAAGACUGUCCAUAGGUCUAGACAAUGGUACAAUCUCAGAGUUUCUUUUAUCAGAAGAUUAUAACAAGAUGACUCCUGUGAAAAACUAUCAAGCGCAUCAGAGCAGAGUGACGAUGAUCCUGUUUGUCCUGGAGCUGGAGUGGGUGCUGAGCACGGGACAGGACAAGCAAUUUGCCUGGCACUGCUCUGAGAGUGGGCAACGCCUGGGAGGUUAUCGCACCAGUGCUGUGGCCUCAGGCCUGCAAUUUGAUGUUGAAACCCGGCAUGUGUUUAUUGGUGACCACUCAGGCCAAGUAACCAUCCUCAAACUGGAGCAAGAAAACUGCACCCUGGUCACAACAUUCAGAGGACAUACAGGUGGGGUGACUGCUCUCUGUUGGGACCCCGUCCAGCGAGUGUUGUUCUCCGGGAGCUCCGACCACUCUGUCAUCAUGUGGGACAUCGGUGGGAGAAAAGGAACAGCCAUCGAGCUCCAAGGACAUAAUGACAGAGUCCAGGCCCUGUCCUACGCACAGCACACGCGGCAGCUCAUCUCCUGUGGUGGUGACGGUGGGAUUGUCGUCUGGAACAUGGACGUGGAGAGGCAGGAGACCCCUGAAUGGUUGGACAGUGAUUCCUGCCAAAAGUGCGAUCAGCCUUUCUUCUGGAACUUCAAGCAAAUGUGGGACAGCAAGAAAAUCGGCCUGAGACAGCACCACUGCCGGAAGUGCGGGAGGGCCGUCUGCGGCAAGUGCAGCUCCAAGCGCUCCUCCAUCCCCCUGAUGGGCUUCGAGUUUGAAGUGAGGGUGUGUGACAGCUGCCACGAGGCCAUCACAGAUGAGGAACGUGCACCCACGGCGACCUUCCAUGACAGUAAACAUAACAUCGUGCAUGUGCAUUUUGAUGCCACCAGAGGAUGGUUACUGACUUCGGGAACUGACAAGGUUAUUAAGUUGUGGGAUAUGACCCCGGUUGUGUCUUGAUGCCCCUUCCAGGCACCAGAAAGAUAGUAUUUACUCAAGAAGCGGUUGUUCUAACCUAAAUCAUGACUGGAGCUGUAAAGCAGAUGCGUGAAUGGUGGGAGAGAAGCCGAAGAGCUGAGCUGAGCUUGCAUGUGACCCGCACACACGGCGGUGAGCGGUCGGUGAGCUCUCGCGAGGGAACUCUUGCGACUUGUUCAUACGAUAUAAAAGAGGAUUUUUUUUUAACAAGUGGUUUAUACAGUCUGGCUGUGCUACCUUGUUUUGAGUAUACUGCAAACUCAGUGUGGGGUGUUUUAAGUUUCAUAUUUUUCACCACUUCGUUUUAGUUGUUGCUUUGUGUGUCGGAGAAAUGAGGCGUGUGUAACUGUUCAGGGUAUUUUCGGUAGUUAUAGUUUCCGUGUUUCCUUCACUUGGACACAUAUCUCGUGGUCGGCAUCUUUUUCUUCUGUAUGUAUCCACCCUCAGCUUCAUCCGCUGUUCCCCGGAGUGUACGUAUUCAGUUUAUUUGCAGUGUUUCUGCUUUCGUAGAAAUUCCCUUCCAUUGAGACACCUGGAAAACCAUUCGUGUGGAUUUCCCAGCUGACUCUUGAUCGCUGAAGAGUGAUCUGUUUGUGAUAUCUAGGUCAUACAUGUUCUCAUGGAGUGGAAAUGACCUUGUGUUUCUGCCUCAGUUUUUCUCUUUCCCCACAUUAAAAAAAAAUGUUCUGGGCUUCCCUGGUGGCGCAGUGGUUGAGAGUCCGCCUGCCGAUGCAGGGGACCCGGGUUCGUGCCCCGGUCCGGGAAGAUCCCACGUGCCGCGGAGCGGCUGGGCCCGUGAGCCACGGCCGCCGAGCCUGCGCGUCCGGAGCCUGUGCUCCGCAACGGGAGAGGCCACGGCGGUGAGAGGCCCGCAUACCGCAAAAAAAAAAAAAAAAAAAAGUUUGAGAAAGCCACCCCCAGCCACGAAGUAGUUAUCAUAACUCAGACCUUCAACUCUCAGUGCCUGGAUCGUUUCUAAUUCAGUUGGAGCUUUCUGAGCCUUUUAGGUUUUAGUUUUAUUGACACAGCUCUCCGUCGCUCUUCAUAUUCAAAACAAAACAAAACCCUGUGUCCUUCGAGAAUAGUGUCUUUAAAAUGUGUUGUUCUAUGUGAUGUCACCUCUGAACUUGAACAUGUUCAUUGCUGCAAGGUUGUAUCCUGCUUUAUUCCUCACCGUCUUCUGUAUUUUCUUCUUUCAAAACGAGAUAUUUAAAGAUUUUUAUCUUCAUGUAUUUUAUCAGAACACUUUGCACACUUUCAUACUAAAACUGUGUGACCUGAGACAUAAAAGGUACUGAAUCCUACAGUUCAUGCUGUGAUCCAUGUAAAAAAAAAAAAAAAAAAAAGAGGGGCAGGGGCAGGGGAGGCUUUAGGAAAUGAAUCUAAACUCUAAUUUUAAGGGAAUCCAGUCAAACUUGAUAAACUGAGAUAUUCUUGUGUGUAGUGACUCAACUUGGGAUAUUGAAGUUCUUUUUUAAAAUCUUAUUUUCACUUGUAAAAAUAGAAUUGAAAUUAGCAGCAGGCAUGAGCUAUGCGCUCGCCCCGUUCUAAGCACUUUACACAAGUGCCACCUCAUUCAGCCCUCACCUGUCAGGAGCGCUGGGGGAUCCCCGGGUCCUUGGGGUUCAUCAGGUUAAACAAAGCCUCGCAGUUAAAAAGGCCAAUUACUUGCCCUUCCCUAUCUGAGCCCUACCGCCACAGGAUCCUGUUCUCCUUUGAUCUGACAAUUUGGGGGUGGUAGUAGUUGAAGUCCUCCCUAUUUUUUUUUUCCUCUUUUCCUGAAAGUGAUUUUUUCCCCUCGUGAUCAUUAAUUUUCUUUCUAACUGGGAGAAGGCCUCCCAGCCGUACUCGGAUUAUCCCUCCCCCAACACUGACCAAGUGUGCUUCCGGGGGACGGGCUUCCUCGAGAUGAUUCUGCUGCUGCAGCUUUGGGAAGCAGGACAGUGGUUGUGCCCCAUGCAGCCAUGGUACGUGACAGCCAUGACCUGGGACAUCAGGGCAGAUGGGCCCAUGUGACCAUACUCUGAGGUUGUGUACACACACACACACACACACACAGCAAUUACCACUUAUCACUUAACUGCCGCUUCCACACCAUCCUUGCUUUGCCUUCAGUCAAAGCCGUUGUAACUAACCUGAGUCUCUUCUGCAUGACUGCUCUGUGAGAGAGCUUUAAAAAGGGAAUUUAAAAUACUCAAAUAUCUAUUUUGUAGUUUACUACUGGAACCUGGAGCCACUUAACUAAGUUGUAUGUAAUAAAGCACUAUGUGUUGGAAAUGAGUUGUAGGAAAGAAUCGCUGUGUCUUCCCUUCCUGAACUUUGGAGCCCGGCCUGUGUAGAGAGAGGCAAGCACAGCGACAGGGAGACGGUGGAUCAGGCGCGCCGCAGACCUGACGUGGACCUGAGUUGGGUCUCGAUGAGCUCAGACACCCCUGGGAAAGCUGAUUGUCUCCUUUGGACCACAUGUGACACCGUGGUCCCUCUGGUCUGUGACCCUGCCCUUCAGUCCAGCCAUCUCCCUCCCAGCCUGUCUGUACCCCAGCCCACAGGGCCACUCAGAGGUUGAAACCACUGGACACCUCGUUGGUGACGAGAGUUGCGAUCAGUAACCACAGAUAUGUCAAG